AUUUGGCAAACAAGCAACGCAAAAAAAUUUGUACUGGCAACGUUCUAGUCUUGCUGGUUAGUGUCUUUUCUUUUUAUUGGUCUUGUCUCUGCCUAAACAUGUCAGCCGCUACAGGGAAAGUCCCGGCCAAGGUGGUCCCACCGCCACAACCAUCUAAAUCUAAGUUGCCAGCUGUUCCCGAAUCCCUGUUGAAGCGCAGGAAGAAGCAAAAGGCCGAACGCACCAAGAGGCUUGAACAAGCCUUAAACUACCUUAAGGCUCGUCGUGCCAGGCGUGUUGAGAUCUUCAAACGUGCCGAGAAAUACAUCAAAGAGUACAGGACCAAGGAGAGGGAUGAAAUCAGGCUAGCCCGUCAAGCCAAGAAGGAAGGAAACUUCUAUGUUCCAGCUGAGUCCAAGUUGGCCUUUGUCAUCCGUAUCCGAGGUGUCAACCAAGUCGCCCCUAAAGUCCGCAAGACUCUGCAGUUGCUCAGGCUCCGACAGAUCAACAAUGGUGUUUUUGUCAAGCUUAACAAGGCUACCUUGAACAUGUUGCGCAUUUGCGAGCCCUACAUCACUUGGGGCUACCCCAAUCUGAAGAGCGUUCGCGACUUGAUCUACAAACGUGGUUUCGCCAAGGCACGCGGUCGUCGCAUUCCUCUUACCAGCAACGAUAUCAUCGAACGAAAGCUUGGCGCUGGAAACAUUAUCUGUAUGGAAGAUUUGGUCCACACGAUCUUCACCGUCGGAGGCCACUUCAAACACGCCUCCAACUUCCUUUGGCCAUUCAAGUUGAACACACCAACUGGUGGCUGGCGCAAGAAGACAACCCAUUACGUCGAGGGUGGUGAUUUCGGCAACCGCGAAGAGAAGAUCAACGAACUCCUCCGCCGAAUGAUUUAAAUGCUAGAUAAUGGUGUCCCUUGGUCAUGGCAUGUGUAAUACAAACGUCGUGACUCGAA